GGCAAAGUGCUGCUGAAGAUCCGUGAUGAGGAACCAGAGAAGCGUGUAUCGCCAGCGCUAAAGACAGUGUCCGCUAUCCCACGUACUUAUUUCAAUCCGGAAAAAUCAUACGUCCUGGUCGGCGGUCUCGGUGGAUUCGGUUUAGAAUUAGUCAACUGGAUGAUCGCCCGCGGCGCCAAAUUUAUCAUUCUCGUAUCGCGCACAGGUAUUCGCACCGGUUACCAAGCAUUGUGUGUGCGUCGCUGGCGCGAGGGCGGCGCAAAAGUCGUGAUCUCUACGUCGGAUGCUACGACGUUGUUGGGUGCCGAGCACUUAAUCCAGGAAAGCAAUCGUCUAGCUCCAGUAGGCGGUAUAUUCAAUCUGGCGAUUGUACUUCACGAUGCCCUAAUCGAAAAUCUGAAGGAAGCCGAUUUUAAAACGGUCACUUUGCCAAAAAUCGAUAUAACAAAGAGUUUAGAUGCAGUGUCAAGAAAACUCUGCCCGGCGCUAGAUUACUUUGUGGUAUUUUCGUCCAAGGUGUCCGGUCUCGGCAAUAUUGGUCAAACCAAUUACGGUUUCGCGAAUUCGACCAUAGAGAGACUGAUGGAGAAGAGGCAGGCAAAUGGUUUACCCGGUGUCGCCAUACAAUGGGGUGCCAUCAACGAUGUUGGCGUACUAAUUGAAACGAUGGGAGACGACAUUGUGCUGCGUGGCACUGCACAACAAGACAUGUCAAGUUGCCUCACGACGAUGGAUAUAUUCCUUCAACAACCGCACCCGGUGCUGGUUUCCUCAGUGUUAGCUGAGAAACAUAAAUCUGCAUCCGAUGACAGCAGCAAGUCCAACUUCAUCGCAACAAUUGCCAAUAUUCUAGGCAUCAAAGAUAUUAAUUCGAUCAAUCCCAACGAUAGUUUGGCCGACCUGGGUAUGGACUCGCUGAUGAGUACAGAAAUCAAACAGAUUCUCGAGAGGAGCUUUGACAUCCUGCUGUCGACCCGUGAUAUUCGUGCCAUUACUUUUGUCAAACUGCAAGAAUUAUCUUCGACCAGUGAGAUAAUGAAACAGCAGCAAUCUUUCUCGGUGAACGCGGCCACGAGUGUAGACACAAAUGUAUCGUCCGACAUGCUACGGAUGCAGUGGCCGAACAACGAGGUACUGCCUAAAGAGGUGCUCGUUCGCUUAGAAACAAAGAAUUCCAACGGACCACCGUUGUUUGUCGUCCAUGGUAUUGAAGGUCUCGUUAACUCGCUAGACCAUGUGGCCAGUGAACUCGAGAGGCCGUUAUGGGGUCUGCAGAGCAUUGAGCAGGCGCCUCAUGAAACGCUGUCGGAGUUAGCGGAAUUCUAUGUCAACACCGUUCGAAAACUUCAGAAAAAAGGACCAUACCAUUUGGCAGGAUACUCGUUUGGAGUUUGCGUUGCCAUCGAAAUGACUCUGCAAUUGGAAUCUGCUGGAGAGAAGGUUGUUCUGAGUCUAAUCGAUGGUUCACCGGCAUUCACGCAACAGCAUAUUAAAAUGGUCGGCAGACUGGAUAACUUGGAAGAGGGUAUUAUUUCCAACUUGUGUAUGAAAACACUGGCAUAUUUCAGCAUACAAUUUAAUAAUACCAUCAGUUUCAUACAAGCGUACGAUAUUUUGAAACAGAGUAAAUCAAAUGUGGAGAUGUUUGACAAGAUGAUAGAAGUGAUAGGCGACACGCCGUUUACACAGAAUGAUCUAAAGAUCGCUGGACAUCUUUUAUUCAAGAAACUAGCAGCUGCUCUAAACUAUAAUCCGACUAAAAAGAUCAAAGGACCGGUCACAUUGAUUAAAGCUACAGAGACCUUUGUAUCUUUAGAAAAAGAUUACGAUUUAUCAAGGAUUUGCACAGAACCCGUGAGAAUAGAAGAGGUGACCGGUAAUCAUAGGACGAUAUUGCUGGGAGAAAGUGCAAAGAAAAUCGCAGGUCUCUUGCGAGUGUAGAAUUUAAGAACAUUCGUGUUACAAGUUCUAUUAUAUUUGAGAAUGAUUAUGUAGCACAAUAUACCGUAAUAUUGCAAAUAAUAGCAUACCGUUGCGAUGUAACUGAAACAUUCUAUGGUGCAGGAAAAUUAAAUUACAUUACGUUUAUCGUUAAUAAUUUAACUCUUUUUUUAAGUUUACCCUCUCAACUGUUAAGUUAUAUAAGCUUAACAUUUCUAGAAGUUCCUUGAAAUUCGUGUACCCCAAGGAGAACAAAAAGUCAAAAUGAUGUAAUGGUGACGUCAAGAUGACGGGAAAAUAUCAGAGUUUGAUCACUGAAACUUUAUGACUUCAAUAUGACUAUACAGUGACUCGCCAUAAAAUCAUUAUAUAACGAUAUUUUGACUUACAGGAUUUUAAUUCAAUAUGCAUAUUUUCGAAAAUAUAAUUUUUUGAGAGGAGAUUGCCUGGCACUUAUUCAUUGAAAUUAUCUUAUAUGUAUAUACAGGGUGAUUCAGGAGGAAAGGUCAAUAUUUUGGAAGGUGAUAGUA